AAUUGAAUUUCUUGCAUAUUAAUCAGUGAAAGAAUCCAUAUAUGACAAUUUGGGUACAUGUGUACAGAUAGAAAGUAAAAAUUAUUGUGAUGGUCCAAAUUUGAUCACUGGAAGCAUUUUUAGCUUCCACCAUUUUAUAUCUGCCAUUACAAUUAAGAAUGUUGUAUCUGGCUGUAAACAUCUUUCCCAAGUUCAGGUUAAAAUUUUCUUGAAAGCUUGAUACUGAAACAAAUAUCUUUUGACCCAUUCAAAGAAAAAUAUGUAAAUAAUAAACACAAAUGCAGCCAAAUCUAAAGUUUUGACUUGAGUAUGUAAUUGGGCUGUUAUAUAUUAAAAUGUUUGAAAUCUCGUAAAAAAUAUAUUUACCUUUUCAGUUUAAUUUAGAAUGAAGUAGAAAGCUAGAUUGUAUACUUCUUCUCCUCUAUACCAGACAUGCUAUGAAACCAAAAUUUACCUACAAAACAGAAUGACCAUGAAAAUUUCUUGGCUACACUCCUCCUUCCUGAAUCUUGCCGAACUGAUGUCUUGGCCAUCCGUGCUUUUAAUAUUGAACUGGCUCAGAUUGGAGUGACCACAACCAGAGAACCUCUUGCGGGCAUGAUGAGAUUGGAGUUCUGGCGUGAGACUCUGAACAAUCUGUACAGUGACAGAGCACCUCCUGCACAGCCUGUGGCAAGACAGCUUCAUCGGGCCAUUAAGAAACAUAGGCUGAGCAAGCGGUGGCUACGUCAACUCAUAGACAGCAGAGAUGAACUGAUUCAGAAGCCUGGCUUUAACAGCAUAAAAGAACUAGAAACUUAUGCUGAGGCCUCAAACUCUGCUAUUUAUUAUCUCACUCUUCAAGCUGCUGGUGUGAGCAGUGUAGAUGCUGACCACUGUGCCAGUCAUGUGGGCAAGAGUGAAGGAAUCCUUCGUGUGCUGCGUGGGGUUCCUUUCUUGGCCUCCAAACGCCAGGUCAUGCUGCCUCGACAGCUGCUUGCACAGCAUGGUAUAUCUGAAGAGGAGGUCUUGCGUGGAUGCAGGGAACAGAAGUUGAAAGAAGUGGUUUACGACAUUGCCUCUCAUUCUCAUCAACACAUCGAACAUGCACGCGAGUUGUCUCACAAACUGACGCGUUCUGCUCGCGUAGCUCUGCUACCGGCCGUGUCGGUAUCGGCGGCGCUGCAAAAGCUGCGCCUCGUGGACUUCGACGUCUUCCACCCUCAGUGGACCUCGAGAAGUUCUUCUCUGCCAGUCAAGUUGUGGUGGGCGAAACUGAGACAACGUCUGUAAAUUCUUCUGUCAGUCAAGUUGUGGUGGGCGAAACUGAGACAACGUCUGUAAAUUCUUCUCUGCCUGUCAAGUUGUGGUGGGCGAAACUGAGACAACGUCUGUAAAUUCUUCUGUCGGUCAAGUUUCGGUGGGCGAAACUGAGACGUCUGCAAAUUCUGCUGUCGGUCAAGUUUUGGUGAGCGAAACUGAGACAACGUCUGUAAAUUAUUCUGUCGGUCAAGUUUUGGUGGGCGAAACUGAGACAACGUCUGUAAAUUCUUCUGUCGGUCAAGUUGUGGUGGGCGAAACUGAGACAACGUCUGUAAAUACUUCUGUCGGUCAAGUUUCGGUGGGCGAAACUGAGACGUCUGCAAAUUCUGCUGUCGGUCAAGUUUUGGUGGGCGAAACUGAGACAACGUCUGCAAAUUCUUCUGUCGGUCAAGUUUUGGUGGGCGAAACUGAGACAAAGUCUGUAAAUUCUUCACUGCCUAUUAAAACAUUGACCGCAAAAUUGAGACCGAGUCUGUAAAUUCUUCUGCCAGUCAAGCUGGCUGCUGUUUUGCAGGCUUCCACUUAUCGGAAUGUGUUCAAGUUAUAUUUCAGGACUCCCAAUUCCGUGAACUUUGUCAUCACGUUUGCACUGCAGUAGCCGAUCUAUUUAUCAUGUUGAAGUAUUACGAAGUACGCCUAUUGUUAUUCAUUGUUGGGAGUUGCUCUGUUUUAGAAGGAUUAAUUCAACUUUCAUUAAGUAUUUAAAUUAAUUGCCAAUCAUCUUUCUACUCAUGGACUUCAAAAUCUCAAUUCCAGAAUGUUAUUCAUAAGGCCUUAGUUUUAUUCAUUUAAUUGAACGUUUAGAAAGCAUCUUCACAUAUGAUCCACCUUAUAACUUGUGUCCAUGAAGAACUUGCGUCAUGUGCCGGUAUACAUUGCGGCAUUGCCUAACUUUGCAAUUGUACUACGUAAUACAGUAAAUAGUUGAUGAAAAAUUUAUUUCACAAACCCUAAAAUCUGAUUUGAUUAAAUAGUUUUUAUUUCUUCGGCUAAAGACGUGUGCAAUUGAAGGAUUUUUUGAAGGUUCUUCAAAGAAUUGAUGACUGUUUUAAAGGUUUAUUGCAAAAAAUGUCUUAGAUUAGGGCCGUAAUGAAUUAAUUAUAAGGAUUAAUAUACACGAUCUAAACGUCAAAGUACAUGCCUCGUACAUCGCUGGGCAUUUAUGGCAAGAUCAUUUAUGCGAGAGAAAUACGACGAUAAGGUUUGUGUGGGACGUAGCAAUCCAACUUUAUGGUUACAUCAAAGUUGGUUCCCACGUGCGUCCCGACACAAUUAAUUCAAUCACAAAUGAUACACCCUAAUGAUAGGUUCACGAUAGUGACAACGAGGCUAGUGUCAUUAGGAUAAUAUAGUAUCCGCGUCGUGCUGCACGUCUCACAAAAUCACAAUAACAUUUUAUGUGCGUUCCGUGGAAACUAUUUUAAAAUAUUUGUAAAAUACUACUCAAAAAUCCUACUCAGAGUUUAGAUACGAAAUAACGGAAACAAAGUUGACAUGCUUCAUUCAUCAAUGUAAAAACUGCAACUGGAAUGAGAUUAUCAUGUCGCUUGUGAAUACCGGAAUAAACUCUUGCAAAGCAAUUCCAAACUCUGCAGACAAUCCAGUUUGGUUCAUCCAAGAGACAAAAACAAACGGCAAACCAAACUUUGACGAAUAAAAUUUCCUUUGUGCACAUCAUGCUUUUGAGUUAUGUUAUCACUGUAAUGCAAGGAGCAACAGAAGGUGCCAAUAUA